UCUCCUUCUUCCCUUACAAACCCAAAACUUUUGGGGGAUUCUCUGCCGUCGCGAUCUGCUUCGAUUCACAAUGGUGGAAGGAAAGGGUUUCCUGGUGAGCUCCGUCACCGAGCUUCACCGCAAAGAGAAGCAGAAGAAGAAAGGCAAAUCUGGAGGAUUCGAGUCACUAAACCUAGGUCCUAAUGUCUACAACGCAAUCAAGAAGAAAGGGUACAAAGUUCCUACACCGAUUCAGAGGAAGACGAUGCCUUUGAUCCUCUCCGGCGUUGACGUUGUUGCUAUGGCGAGAACCGGGUCCGGAAAAACCGCAGCUUUUCUUAUUCCUAUGCUUGAGAAGCUUAAGCAGCAUGUCCCUCAGGGUGGUGUUAGGGGGAUUAUAUUGUCUCCUACUCGUGAUUUGGCUGAGCAGACUCUUAAGUUUGCUAAGGAACUUGGGAAGUUUACAGAUCUUCGUGUUACCUUACUAGUCGGUGGUGAUAGCAUGCAAGACCAGUUUGAAGAGCUAACAAAAAACCCCGAUGUGAUUAUCGCAACCCCUGGGAGACUUAUGCAUCUUCUGGAGGAGGUAGACGACAUGUCACUAAGAACAGUUGAGUAUGUAGUCUUCGACGAGGCAGACAGUCUCUUCGGUAUGGGUUUCGCCGAGCAGCUUCAUCAGAUCUUAGCCAAGUUAGGUGAGAACAGGCAGACUUUGCUUUUCAGCGCAACCUUACCAAGUGCACUUGCAGAGUUUGCAAAGGCUGGUCUCCGUGAGCCUCAGCUAGUUAGGUUAGAUGUUGAGAACAAGAUAAGCCCUGACUUGAAGCUUUCGUUUUUAACGUUAAGACCGGAAGAGAAGUACGCUGCGUUGAUAUACUUGGUAAGGGAGCAUAUAAGCUCAGAUGAACAGACAAUUAUAUUCGUUUCCACAAAGCAUCAUGUCGAGUUUGUGAACUCGUUGUUUAAGCUGGAGAACAUUGUACCCUCUGUGUGUUACGGUGACAUGGACCAAGACGCACGGAAGAUACACGUGUCUAGGUUCAGAGCGAGGAAGACUAUGUUGCUGAUUGUCACUGAUAUUGCUGCUAGAGGUAUUGACAUACCGUUGCUUGAUAAUGUUAUUAACUGGGAUUUUCCACCAAGACCAAAGAUCUUUGUCCAUAGAGUGGGAAGAGCUGCUAGAGCUGGUCGUACAGGUUCUGCAAUAUCAUUCGUUACACCUGAGGAUAUACCUUAUCUGUUGGAUCUUCAUCUGUUCCUCUCGAAACCGAUCAGGCCUGCACCUACUGAGGAUGAGGUGUUGAAGAACAUGGAGGAAGUGAUGAACAGAACUAGUGAAGCGAUAGAGAGUGGAGUCACUGUUUAUGGUCGUUUCCCACAGAAAACCAUUGACCUUAUCUUUAACAAAAUCCAAGAGAUGAUUGAUUCAUCUGCAGAGUUGGAUUCUCUUGAGAAAACAUCUACAAAAGCUUUUCGUUUGUAUACUAAAACAAAACCGUCUCCGUCUAAAGAGUCCAUUAGGAGAGCUAAGGAGUUACCUAGAGAAGGGUUGCAUCCCAUGUUUAAAAGCAUAAUUGAAGGUGGUGAAUUAGAAGCAAUGGCGUUUUUUCAGAAGAUUAAAAACUUUAGACCCAAGCAGACCAUACUUGAAGCAGAAGGUGAAAAUGCCAAAUCUAAAAAUGUGAAGGGUCCUGCUGGGCAAUGGGUUGAUGUGAUGAAGAGGAAAAGAGCCGUCCAUGAGGAGAUCAUUACAAAGAGACAUGAGCAGAAUGAGAAGAGUUCCAAUAAUCAUUUAGAAAUGGACGAUGAACCUGAUAUUGAGGACAAGAUAACGGGAAGUAAAGUAAGCGGUAAGAAAAGAACGGCACAGCAAACUUUCAAGGACGAAGAAUUCUAUAUCAGCUCCAUACCAGUUAACCACCAUUCAGAGGCAGGGCUAUCUGUAAGGGGAAACGAAGGGUUUGGAUCAAAUAGAUUGGACGCUGCUGUUCUAGAUCUAGUGGCAGAUGAUGGCCAGGGUAUGAAGCAGCAGAAAACUAAUUAUCACUGGGACAAGAAAAGUAAGAAGUACAUCAAGUUGAACAAUGGAGAUCGUGUAACAGCCAGUGGCAAGAUAAAGACAGAGAGUGGAGCCAAAGUGAGGGCAAACAAAGCAGGUGCAAUAUACAAGAAAUGGAAAGAUAACACGCACAAGAAAGCAUUCAGCCGUGAGGACGGUGAAGGAGACGACACACCAAGCAUGUCAUCAGGUAGAGGUGGCCGAAGCGGGAAGAGAUGGUCAGCAUCAGUGCCUAACGCGCAUGUGCGUUCAGAGAUCAAAGAUCUGGAGCAGGUGCGUAAGGAGAGGCAGGAGAAAGCAAACAAACUGUCUUAUCUGCAUAGCAAGAGAGGUGGUGGCAGAGGCGGGGCCAGGGGAGGUCGUGGUGGAAGGGGAGGCAGCAGGGACUUUGAUGGUGGAAGCGGGAGGGACUUUGCCGGUAGAAGUAGUAGAGGGGGAAGAGGUGGUGGAAGUAGUAGAGGAGGAAGAGGUGGUGGGUUUGGCGGCGGAAGAGGUGGUAGUGGCCGUGGUGGUGGUAGUAGCAGAGGUGGUAAAAGAGGAGGUGGUGGUGGAGGGAAACGUGGGAGAGGGAGAUAAGCGUGAAGACUUUACUGACGAGUUAAAAAGAAUCGUCAAAACUUUUGAGCUUAGGCAAAAACUAUUUCUUAUUAAAAUGUUAUGUCACUUGCAGACCUUUAUCUACUCAAGUUUUGUGCAACACUUGUUUCCAUUUAUGUUUGAUUUCCUCAGGUUUUUGUCUUCGUGUAUUCUAUU